UAAGGUUUGCUUCUGAAUCAACACUUUCGGUCAUGGCUGCCGUAGGCGUAGACGUGGAAGAUGAGAGUAUCCUGGCCUCGAUUUUCAAAGACAGCUUUCCGGAGAACUGGAGCGCGAAUCCGGAUUUCGCGGCGUAUUUGUCGCAGCUGAGCUCGUGCGGUGUGGAGGAGUUGAACCGGGAGCCCGAGCGUCUGGCGGAGGAGCGGGCGCAGAUCCUGCAGCAGACCCGAGAACUGGCCUUCACCAACUACAAGACGUUCAUCAGGACCGCGGACUGCACGCAGCACAUCUACACCGACUUCAGCACGGUGGAGAACUGCCUCUCUAAACUACUGCACAAACUCCCCAGCUUCACCGAGAGAUGCAGGGGUUUUAUUAAGGAGGCAGAGGAGAUCAGCGUCAGCAGGCGUAUGAACAGCCUGACACUGAAUCGACACACAGAGAUCUUGGAGAUUCUGGAGAUCCCUCAGCUGAUGGACACGUGUGUGCGUAACGGAUACUAUGAGGAGGCGCUGGAGCUUGCUGCUUACGUGAAGAGACUGGAGAAAAAACAUUCAUCACUUCCUGUCAUUCAGGGAAUUGUGCAUGAGGUUCGACUGUCUGCUCAGCUCAUGCUGAACCAACUUCUUCAACAGCUGCGUAGUAACACACAGCUGCCGGUUUGCCUGCGCGUGAUCGGAUACUUGCGUAGAAUGGACGUUUUCACUGAAGCUGAGCUGCGCGUCAAGUUCCUGCAAGCUCGUGGAAGUUGGCUGCGAUCUGUUCUCGGUGCCAUCCCAGAUGAUGACCCUUAUUUCCACAUUACCAAAACCAUCGAAACCUGCCGCGUGCAUCUCUUCGACAUCAUCACCCAGUAUCGCGCCAUAUUUUCAGACGAGGAUCCGUUGCUGCCACCUGGUGGUCAGGCGUUGAACGAGAGCGCCAUCUUUCACGGCUGGGUGGUGCAGCAGGUGGCACAGUUUUUAGAGACCCUCGAUCGGGACCUCCAGCGGGGCGUGGGAAGCCGCUUGGACUCUCUGCUCGGUCAGUGCAUGUACUUCGGCCUUUCAUUUAGCCGGGUCGGGGUGGAUUUCCGUGGCCAACUCGCUCCCAUAUUUCAGCAGGUUGCCAUGGACACAUUCCGGAAGGCUAUUCAGGAAGCGGUGGACAAGUUCCAAGAGGAUAUGAACUUGUACACGCUGACUUCUCUGCCGUCGAUACUUGGAAGCACCAUUCCUCCAGCAGUCCCGAGCACCCAGCCGGGUGCACUGCAGCCCCCCAUGAACUUGCUGGAUUUCCCACCUCUAGCCUGCUUCCUCAAUAGCAUCCUGACAGCCUUCAAUGACUUACGACUGUGCUGCCCUAUCGGACUUGCACAAGAUGUUAGCAGAUGUGUUGAGGAAGCCCUUAUUAAGGUGACCAAGCUGAUCCUGGUUUUCCAUCGAGCCGAGGAAUCUGCCUUCAGUAGCCGUGAACGGGAGUUGUUUGUUCAGUUCUGUAGUGCCUUUGCUGAAGAGAUGGUGCCUUUCUUGAACCGAUGUUUACAAGUUCUCUUCCCUCCAUCCCAGCUUGCUCUCAUGCUAGGCAUCCCUCCAACCCAGGUUCAUAAGUGUGGUAGUCUUGGCUGCAUCGAUGUGAACACAGUCCUGAAGCCGCUGGAGUUUGUUCUGCUCCAGAAGAAGCCUGUGACCUCUGUCCUGGAUCUCUGCACUGAUCUGAGCAGCCUGACCACAGCUGAAGCAGAUCCCUCGACUGUAGUCAAACCUGUAACACUUCAAGAAGAAAACCCUGUCUCUGAACACCAAGAGCCUGUGUCAGCAUCUGAUCCUCAUCAGAACAUUUCUGCUGAAGCAGUCAGUACAGAUCUAAACCACCCGAGCCUAGAGACUGAAAUGAGCCUUGAUCAACAGGACUUCUCGAAAUAAAAAGCACUACAUGCAGUGUGCAUUUUUAGGAGUUUUAAACAAUUAAGAUUUGUUUUUAUAGAAAAAUAACCAUCUGGACAAACUUUUACCAGGGCUUAGCUUCCAUUUUUAUUUGCAACUUAAAUUUUUUUAGUUUUUAAUGUAUGAUGAAAUUCAAAAUGGUAUAAUAUAUUUAAGUGUGGGAAAAAUUAUGUCUUUGACUCACGUUUUCCAUGAAUUACAAUGGUCCCAAAAAGGAUUGGGACACUUGUCACCCUUAAAAUGUCUGAAUGUUUUUGAAUUCGAUAUUAUAUGCCACUCGAGUUUAUAUCUUGUUAAAAUAAUAAUAAUAAGAUGGAACUUUUAAGCAAAACAUUUUACAAAAAUAUGGUGACAUGAUAUACUGUUCAUAAUGAAAAGAAAAUCAAUGUUCUGUUUGAGGUUAAGAGGAACAUAUUCGUAGUUAAUGUGAUGACCUAAACCUGUGGUUUCUUUGCUAGAACACCUGAAUGAAUUUGAGAACUUGAGACUUCACAUGCAUACUAAAAUUCACGAGCGAUUAGUUGGUGAAAUGUCACUGAAAAACAAAAAAUGUAGUUCUGAGAAAAGCUUGCUCUUCCUUCUUCUACAGACACAGUUUAUCUAAUGCACAGACAUUAAACCAUCUACUUGUUCCAAAGCUCUGCAAGUUUCUUUAUUCUCUUGAACACAAGAAUGAAGAAUGUUGGGAACCAAACCAAGUAGCCUUUGAAGUCUUGUGUUUUCCCCACACUAUUGAAGUCAAUGGCUACCGCCAACUGUUUGUUUACCAAGAUUCUUUAAAAUAUAUUAUUUUGUGUUCAACAGAAGAGACAAAACCACAGAGGUUUGGAACAACUUGAAGGUGAGUAAAUUAUUUUUAUUUUUGAGUUGAAAGAUCUCUAAGUUUGACUAACGCAUUCAUAUACCUUUGUGGCUCUAUGUAUUUUUAAUUUGAUUACAUAUUCGAUCUGUUGUA